AUGCCCAACAUUUGCACUAGGGAUCCCUUUGGCCAUGAGACAUUGCUGAACCAGCAAUCCCGUGCUGCGUGGAGCAAAACACUGGUGGAGUUCGUCCGCUGGCUUUGCAACUUCGUUUUGCAACUACUUGGUGUAUCGAUCAUCAAUACUGGAGGAGGCUACCGUUGCCGGUGGGUUUUCACCGCUACCCUUGACUUCUGGGACAACUUCAGCUUGUACAAUUCUGUUGAUCCUGGACGAGACUUUGACGACGUCCAGAACCACCGGAGGUCCCAGGCAUUUUGCUGGGCCAAAACAGUUCUGAUGACAACUGUUGACAAGCGUGACCAAAUUGUGACAUGGGAUGGAAACCCCACAAGCUGGCAAGAAUAUGUGAAGAGGGUCAGGUUACAGUAUGAAAGAACUGAAUACCGAAAACGUGGUCUUCUUGGAGCAGAACUGGCCUCACGACUGACAGGUCGAGCAUGGGAUGUAGCAAGCUCUCAACUUGACCAUUCCAAGUUGCAGAGAGCUGAUGGAGCUGCUUACUUGCUUCACUUCCUUGAAGAUCGCCUGUGUAAGGCACCCAUCCCGGACACGGGACAGAGGCUUGAGGAGUUCUUCAUGAAGAUUAGACGUGCACCUGGCUCAUCGAUGGCAGAAUGGGCAUCGCAGUUGAGAGAGUCAUACAGACGCCUUCAACGAGCCAUGGCACGUCAGCGAAAAGACCAAGAAGCACGUUUUGGAAGUCCAGAGUCUCCCAAAGGUCCUUCCAAACCUGACAGUCCUUCCUCCUCACGACAUAGAAGAUCAGAUGUGACUUCACCUCCUGCCAGACACGACAUGGGCACCUCACCUUUUGGCGUGCCUGAUCCGGCAACUGGUGGCUUUGAGCCGGGAGAGCCUGCCGAUCCAGGUCGCCCUAAUCCAGGCGAUGGGGGCUAUGCUGAACUGCCUACAUCCGAGACUGCAUCGAAUCCAGGUCAUCACAAUGAUCGCUGGACUGCUGAUGAGUGGAACCAGUGGUAUGCAGAACGUGACCGUCGCUGGAACACUUGGUAUGACAGUUCAGAACAUGAAUAUAGUUUCCCUCAAGACCCUGAUAAGGAUACAAUCCAAUGGGAUCAAUUUGGUUUUGAUGAUAGGCACAGCGCAAUCGUGGACUGGGGUUUGCUAGCUGAUGAAGUACAAGAUGAACUUGAAGAUACUUCAGUGUUUUGGGUUGGUGACCGUCUUCCUCAUGAUGUUUACCCCCCUGACCAUGACUUUGAGACUGCAUGGAGCACAUGGAUGCCAGAUGGGCAUGAGAUGCACUGGGAAUGGUAUGAUGAUGAUUUCUAUGCAUGUGAUAGCGAAGGGGUAUAUUGGUCAUGGUCCGAUACAAAAACAUGGUUGGACAUGGAAGAGUACAUAGAAGCCAAUCCUUCAGAGCCUCAGCAAACCCAUGAAGUCUAUGCCGCAUUCAACGACCGGCUCAGGACGUUCCGCGAAAGCAGAACCCUCAACAAUGCGAAGCAGCUUUCGCGUGGGUACUAUCCUAUGCAGAUCAAGGGUGGACUGAGUGGAAAGUCUGGUUCACCGAGUUUUUCCAAGUGUUUUGUUUGCGGUUCCAAAGAUCACGACUAUCGUUCAUGUCCUCAACGUGGUGACCAGGGUUCUUCAUCAGUUUCUUCAACCAAAAGAACCAAUUUCUUUGUUGGAAGAUCCAUCCUCAUGGUGGAGUCAGUUGAUGAUGAGUCAGAAGCUGAAAGCCCUGACAUUGGUGAGAUCCUUGCAACCGUAGCUGUAGAACAUCCUGGUUUUGCUGUCAUUGAUACUGGUGCAACAGAAACCAUUGCCUCACUAGAUGCCAUAGAUGCCAUCAUGCGAGAAAGGGGGAAGAAGCAUGGUCCAGAAAACGUGACCGUGCAUGGAAAACAUAGAAAGUUUCGUUUUGGAAAUGGCCAAGAGCAGAGGGCCGCGUCAUUUGUAGAGUUACCACAGCUGUUGGCUGGAUGCGACAUCAAGCUGGGAGUGCACACUUUGGAUGCACCCGGAGUUCCUCUUCUUUUGUCUGUAAAGACACUUCGAAGUUUGAAAGCAGUUGUGGAUGUCGACGAAGGAAUGAUUUGUUUCAAUGCUGUCAAAGAGGGUCACUGGCUGCCUUUGAAAAGAGGUCCGAAUGGACAUCUACUUUUAGAUCUCACAGAAGAUUGGUUUUCACCUCAAGCCAGUGACGGCAGUGUUUUGCAUGUUGGACAAUCUGAGCAAGACGCCCAGUCCAAGUAUAAGGACGCAGCCAGCAGCCAGUUGUGUGAGCAUGAUCCUCUACAUGGUCCCUUACAUGAACCUUUUCUACAUGACACGUCCUCUCCUCAUGAUGAACUUUGUCCUCAUUCUCCUGUUCAACACUUGGCAUGUGCAUGUUCUUCAACUCCUGCAGCAAGUGAAUCAGUGAAACGCGAUCAAGUUUGUCAUGCGUUUUGUGAAGAGUCGGAAGAAGAACUAGUUCCAGAUGUUCCAUGUGAUGCAGUUGAGAAUCAAAGGCCACCACAUGUUCAAACCUCUGAUGAUGCUGCUCGAGGCUCAAGCAUGCUACGUGCACUGCCAGCCCUGAUAGCUAUCGCAGCAUCGUCAACUUCGCCUACUACCAGCUAUGGCACAGCCAUCCAUGGAGAAGGAGAUGGAAAAGCCGCCUACGACUUUGACUUCGGCGGCCAAAGCCAAAGCGGCGACAAAGAGCAAGUCAAAGGCAUCUACCCGAGUGCCGACCCCGGAGCGCUACGACAUGUCAAGGACAGAGGGCCCGGACCCUCGCGAUGCACGCUCCCAGGGGUACCCUUGCAUGGGGUCACAUGUACCCAUGCCGGAGGGGAGAGGCUCGUUGUCGGGCAGCAACGGCCAUGGAAUGUGGAAGGUGUGCAGCAUCUGCCGAUUGCGGAUCCAGUACACCCCAGCCUACGGAGCAAAGGCCACUUACAGACAGGCCGGACCGUUAGCUCCGGACACAGAUGUGGCUCUACGACAGGUUGGGAACACAGUGGAGAACGAUGUGGAGGCCAGAGAGAACUUGAACAGCAAGGUGAUCAGCGUCAAUGGGGCGCAGGAGUCUCUGAAAAACAAGAUGAAGAAGCUGGAGGAGGAGAAGGCCAAGCUGACGUCAUCAGCAACCAGGCCAUCAAACUCCAAUGUGACGGAAGCCUCAAAGAAAUCUUCCAAGCGCGAGAACCAGAAGACAGCAGAGCAGGCCGAGGCGAUCAAGGACGAGGGCUUCACGGUCAUCCAGGACUAGGUGAUGCUGAGUUUGGGGAUGAGCGCAUUGGCCAUUUGACCAAGGAUCAGAAGAACCUCCUGCAGGAGAAGGCCAAUGACUACAUCCUUGCCGCCAACGACGCUAUGGAAGAGUUCUUUGGCACCAGCGGUGAUGUGGACAUCAUUGAAGUCUGCUGUCCGCCUGACAGCAGGUUGGCUGAGACCUUUCUGACGAGAGGUCGCUCAGCUUUGCGAGUUGGACUACCAGCCUUCGAUCUGAGCAAGCGCAAAGGUAGAGAUGCCAUUGCCAAGAUGAUCAAGAAGAAUCGUCCUACCGUCCUCUGGCUGUCUCUUCCCUGUGGUCCUUACUCUCAAAUACAAGAGCUCUUCAAUGAAGCAACCCCUGAAAUGAAGGCAAAGAGUGAGGAACGGAAAGCCAGAGCACGAAGGAUCAUUUCUCAUGGGCUUGACCUUGCGCUUCUUCAACUUGAACUUGGUGGUGAAAUCGGCUGGGAGUGGCCGGUUGGUAACCGAGGCUGGAGUCUGCCCAAGGUCCGCAAGUUCUUUGAAACCUUGCGUGAUGCUGGAAAGUUGUAUGAUGCCAGAGUUGAUGGGUGCGCGUAUGGGCUGCGUGACAGAGAUGGCUGUCACAUUCGCAAGCCCUGGAGGAUUUGCACUUCAUCCUUGACUUUGGCAACGGCAUUGGAACGUCGAUGUCCAGGAGGGCACGAUCAUAAAGAAUGCCUUGGUGGAACUACAGCUCAUGAAUCUGGGUUUUAUCCACAGGCCAUGUGCGAUGUGAUUCAACGCGCGGUGAGGGAGAUUGCCAACACAAAGCACUAUGAGGUGACCGAUGUGUUUCCAGUUUUUGAUGCUGGCCCCCUUAAAGAGAAGAAACCUGAAGAUCUUCCUGAACCUCUGACGGAAUCAGAACGGAAGAGUGCGGAGAAGCUCCUCCACAAGUUGCACAGAAAGACAGGGCAUCCUUCCAACAAGGCCUUGUCAAGCACCUUGAAACAUCGGGGAGCUCACUAUGAAGUGGUUGACAUGGCGCUGAAGCAUCAAUGUCCUGAGUGUCAAGAGCUCAGGAUGGCACCCCUGGAUCCUGCAGUGGCUUUGCAGCGUUCUGAGACGCUCUGGGAGACUGUGGUGAUGGACAAUGCGGAGUUUCCCAUAGAUGACCGAGUUUUUCACUGCAUGAUCAUGGUGGAUGAAGCUUCACGUUUGGUGGUUCCUCAUUUUCUUUUCUCCCACAACCGAGAUGAGAGUCGCAAUGCGACCGGUGCUGAGGUUGUAGCUGGGCUUCAAGAAACUUGGGUAAGGCAUUAUGGUCUUCCUGGGCAAGUCCGCAUGGAUCCUGAAGGAGCCUUUCGCUCUUCAGAACUUGGAGCUUGGGCUGAAGAACGCGGAGUUCAACUUUUACCAUGUGCUGCUGAGGCCCAUGGGCAGAUUGGGGUGGUUGAACGUGCCAUCCAAACUUUGAAGAGUACUACCCGCCAGCUUCUCCAAGGAUCUGCUGUGGAUGCUUGGAGUGCCAUACAACACGCAUGUCAUGCACACAAUGAACUGGCGAGAGUGGAAGGGUACUCACCUUUUCAAUGGGCGUUUGGAAGACAGCCGAACCACAUUGGGCAAAUGCAUGAGAAGGGACAUGACCUUCCUUUUCUCACCUCUUCGGCUGUUCCAGGUAGCAACAUGGCAGUGAAUUUGAAACUUCGAGUUCAAGCUCAACAAUCCUUUCUUCGUCAGCAAGCUCAAGAACAAGUAUCUAGAGCACUCAACACAAAGACCAGACGUGUAGAAAAGUUUGUGCCUGGGGACCUGGUGUUUUUCAAACGCAUCAAACCUCCGGCACAACCUGCUGCUGCAGCUAGAAUGGCUCACAAGCUGUGGCGAUGGUAUGGACCAGCAAGAGUGCUGGCAACUGAGACACGCACUGACGGCAUUGGUGAAUCCCGUCGGCCUUCGAACAUCAUCUGGAUUGUGACGCAUGGCCGUCUCAAGCGUUGCGCUCCUGAACAACUUCGACAUGCCAGUGAGGGAGAACGUCUUUUAGCAGAAGGUAGUGAGGCACCUGCUACCACUUGGACGUUUCACUCCAUUGCUCAGACGUUGUACAAAGGUGAAUUUGAGAUUUUAGAUAGCCAUGUUUUUCCAGAGGAUGAAGUGGCCCAAGGCCCACCGCGUGAGCCUAGGAGAGCGCGGUCUUUGAGUAGAAGUGCAGUUAGGAGUGUUGCUGAACAGCCGCCCAAGAUGGCAAGAGCUGACAAGACCCCUCAAGACCUUGUGAGAAACCCGAGUGGCGGUGAAGGGGCACACCAAAGAGCCACCGUGGAAAACAAGACCCUUCAAGAAUUGGCAGAUGAGGUCGUCGGUGGUGGAAGGGCACACCAGAGAACCGCGGCCAAGAAAUCAACAAAAGCCACAGAGCAACAAGAGGGUACUAGGACCCCAGUAGCUAGAGGUAGGAGUCGGUCUGUGUCCCGUCCUGGUCCGUCAAAACCUCUUAGCGAAGUCCAAAGUGAUGAACGCUCCCAGGGUUUGAACUUAGAUAGGUAUCUUAGUGAUCCCAUGUACUCGCCCAUGCCUGAUGCCGUCACUCGUGACCGGCCGACGCAAGAGCUCUUCAACCAGCCGUUGUUCAAGAAGCAGCGGAAGGAGCUCUAUGGUGGUGGCGAGGAUGACGUGAUGUUCAUUGGCAGUGUGACCAGUGGUGACACUUUGGCUUCAGAUCGCUUGGUUUGCACCUUUGAGAUUGACACUCCACAGAAGCAGUCAGACUGGAAGCGAAUGAAGCGAUCGCCUCAGUCCUACUUCGUGAAGAAGGUGCGCAACACUGAGGUCAAAUGGCAUCUUCUGGAUGCCAAUGAGCGUGCAAAGUUUGAUGUGGCAAAGAAUGCGGAGGUGCAGCAAUGGCUGACGGCACACGCUGUCAAGAGGGCAGAAGGGGUCAUCCCCAAGGAGAGGGUGAUCCAAAUGCGUUGGGUUCUGACGUACAAGCAAUCUGGCGAGGCAAAAGGACGCAUAGUCCUCAUUGGAUUCCAGGACCCAGACCUUCAGUCCAUCCAAUCAAGUGCACCGACGAUGAGCAGGCGCAGCAGGCAACUUGGUCUCCAGCAAGCAUCAGUGCGGCGCUGGAGGGCCAUGAAGGCCGACGUCAAAGCCGCAUUUUUGCAGGGAGACUGCACGGAAGCUGGUCGACAGCUCUAUGCAAAACCAGUCCCGGAGCUGGGAGCUGCUAUGGGCUUGAAGCCACAUGAGGUUGUGCAAGUGAUCAAGGCAUGCUAUGGCCUGGUCUCAGCACCAGCCUCCUGGUUUGCGUGUGUGCGCGACACCUUGGCUUCCAUUGGCUUCAGGCAAUGCCGAAGUGACCCUUGCUUGUGGAUCCUUCCAGAACCUGGUGGUGGAGAAGAUAUCGUUGGGUUCAUUUGCGCCCACGUGGAUGAUUUCCUUAUAGCUGGAAAUGAAGAUUCAGAGACUUGGGUGAAUGCACUCAGUCAGUUCUAUGAGCGCUUCAAGUGGUCGCCAUGGGAGUUCAGCAGCUACAGUCACUGUGGCGUCAAGAUCAAGGAGGAGUGUGACUUCAGCUACACCCUGGAUCAUUCAGCGUUCUGUGAAAACAUUGAGCAGAUCCAGUACAAGCCGAGAGCUGAUCACGAGCCUCUGAAUGCCGAGGAGAUGACGCAGCUGCGUGGCGCACUCGGCGCAAUCCAAUGGCGAGCUCACCAAUCUGGACCUCACCUAUCUGCGAGGUUGGGACAGUUGCAAAGUGAAAUUUCAAGGGCAACUAUUUCCACGGCAAAAGCCGCCAAUAAGCUAGUCAGGGAAUGUUUCAGCUCAAGGCAUUUAUCCACCAGAAUCAAUCAAUUACAAGUUGAUGACCCCAAACAAGUUGUUUUUGUAGCCUGGUCCGACGCUGCUCUGGCGAAUCGUAUCGAUUUGAGUAGCACUGGCGGAUUCGUGGUGGCUGCUGCGAGCCCUGAUUUGCUGCAUGGUGAGCGAGCACCCCUGACCUUCAUUUCAUGGAAAUCGAGCAAGCUCCAACGGAAGGCGAGAUCUUCAUUAGCCGCAGAGGCACAAGCACUCUCUGAGGCUGAACAGGAACUCAUGUACGUUAGAUUAGCUUGGGCUGAGCUAUGUGGUUUGCAAGUUGAUUUGAAGAGACCAGAGAUAGCCAUACAGCGCAUCUCAGGAACACUUGUCACAGAUGCGAAAUCAGUGUACGACAUCAUGAAGAAGCGUACACUUAAUUCAGCAGCGUUAGGUUUGAAAGACAAACACAUCAGUCUUGAAAUCAUGUGCCUUUUAGAGGCAGUAGAGCGUUUGAAAACCGAAACACGUUGGGUCCACUCGGAAGCCCAACUUGCAGACUGUUUAACGAAACCGUUACCUGCUGGCAUUUUGCACAAGGUCCUGACGGAAGGUCAUUGGACCUUAACUUUUGAUCCCAAUUUCACAAGUGCAAAGAAGUUGAAGGCUGCGAAGGCCAAGAAUCCCAUUUACAGUCAAGAUUUUAGGGGCGUGUCAGUUCCUGGGCCUGAUUUGCAUCAACAAAACACUGGUGGAGUUCGUCCGCUGGCUUUGCAACUUCGUUUUGCAACUACUUGGUGUAUCGAUCAUCAAUACUGGCCCUUGCGUUUCAAUCUGCGGUACCAAAGCGAACAAAAAGCCGGCGCCGAAGAUGCCAAGGACAGCGCCGCAGCUGGGAGGCCGAGAGUCCAGCCGGAGAGGUUGACCAGCCAGGGGGCAGCCAGAAACAAGUCUCCCAGUCUAGCGCGGCGGAAAGCUAGCGGGGCCGAAAUCAAUGGGGAGGGUCUUCCUCCGGGCUACGCUCGCCCGGUGAUUUUGCAUCGCGCCAUCCUGGGCUCCGUGGAACGGAUGACUGGCGUGUUGUGCCCGGGGCCCCGAGCGGAUCAACGGGUGAGCAUUUUGUCCGGAUGCCUGGCGCUGGGAGCUGGUAGCACUGGUCGCCCCGUGGUGAACGGUGAACCUAACCAGAUCGCCUGCGGCGUGCUGGCGCGGCACGUGCCCGGCUGCGGCGUCGCUGCCUUUGCGGCCAAAGAGUUCCUGCCGGGCGAUGUGGUGUUUCAAGAGACAGCGAUGUUCAUCAGCGCCGUGGAUACGCCGUUGCCGCAGAACGCAGAGCUCUAUCGGGCCCUGCUGGCAGAGUUGCAUGCUCGUCGUCUCAGUGCAGAUUUCACUCCGAACGCACACCUUGGCGCCUUAACGGCGCUCCGGGACUUGGGCGUGGCCGGCUGCCGUUCGUUCCUGCGGCAGAAGUGCCACGGGGAGCCGCCGUCGGCGAAGGUGGCCAAACACGAGGCAGCGCCCCUGCGGCGCAUGGUGGCCAUGGGGUUCCUGCCGAGCAGCUGUGCAUCCUUGACAGUGUUGGAGUAUGCCAAGCUUCGAAUGGCGAUUCAGCUGAACGGCUUCAGGUUCAACUUGAGCGCGCAGGAGGGCGACUUUGGCUACGAUGCUGGCGAGGUGCUGUUCGACAAAAUCAGUCGUUUAAACCACUCCUGCGCUCCCAAUCUGGAGUUCAACCUUACCUGGGAUGAGCGCGACGCCACCGUGGUGAAUAGCGUCACUGCUUCGAAGCUCAUUGCUGCCACGGAGGAGUUGAACAUUUCUUACCUGCCCCUGCGGCUGAAUCUGUCCGUCAAGGAACGCCGUGAGCAGCUGCUGAAGCAUUGGGGCUUCGCCUGCGCCUGUCCCAAAUGCCUGGCCGAGGGCGGGCCGCCGGCACCUCCAGCACCGGCGCCGGUUUCAGCAGCGCCGGAGGACCGUCCCAGGCCUGUGCUGGAGAGUGGCAGUGAGAGCGAAGGCAUUUGCUGGGAUGAUUUGUGUGACCCUGAUGAGUGCGAGUGCGAAAAGGUUUACAAACACACCUCAGCCGAGGGCGGCAAGUGGCCCUUCUGGCUUUCGCCGCGGCAGUGCAUGGUGGUGCCCGUCUCUGAGGAUGCUUUCGAGUAUGCCAAGUACGUCAAGGAGACCCUUCACGUUGAAGCAAAUCUAGGCUUGACACCGAGUUCGGCCGGGGAUGUCAAGAGUCGUGGCACGACUGGCGCCGCCUCCGAGAAGAAUAGCUCUGUGCAUGGCCUCGGAGCAAGGCCUGCUCCAACUUUCCGUGACUGGCCGCCUGGCCAUGAGGAAGGUGAUGGCACCCUGAACAAGAAGGUUCGCGAGGCUCAGGUGAGCGAAGCCUCGGGUUUUAUCACGGUCAAGCGAUUGGUUCGUAAAGACGAAGAAGACCAAAUGGCCGUGAACGUUCGCGCACGCGGAGAGCGGAAGAGGCCCAUCGGCACCAAAGGGCUGAAAGAGUUCAUGGAAGAACUGCAGGUGACGUUGCUGCUGUUGGGUCUGGCCGCGCCCUGCGUGGCCAUCACUUGGGUGAAGGGCGCUGCGGGGCAGAACUGCGACAGCACCUGCGCUUCGCGUUCGGGAUGCCGUGAGGAGGCCUGGCCGAAGAGCGAGGAGGAGUUCCAGGAUAUUGCCUCCCUGGCUGGGCAGAGCUGCGAAACAACACAGGCAGGUGGUGCCAAGUACGAUCCCAGCACGGACGGACACCACUGCGGCUGGUCGGGCCCCGACCAUUCGGAUGGCGACAGCCGCUGCGGGGCAGCGGGAGACAGUGGCACCUACCGAUUUUGCCCCUGCAAUUCUGACAGGGAGUUGUAA